AUGCCUCCCCGCAAGACCCCAGCCAAGAGCAAGGCCGCUCUCAAGUCUACUCCAGGUGCAAAUUCAUCUGCUAGGCCACAAGCCCGCCGGUCAAGGCUUGCAAAGGAGAACGAUAUCACGGCAGAAGAAGAGGCCAGGAUCAAAGAAGCAUGGAGUCUCUUUAGUAUCGAUGAGGUGGAGGAGUACGAAGACGAAAAGGAAGGGGUCAUUCGGACGAGUGACGUGCAGAAGGUGUUGAAGGCACAAGGCCUUGCUCCGAGCAGUCAAUCACAGAUGGAGGAAUUCAUUGAAACACUGGAUCCCGAGUCCGAAGGCUACGUAACGUAUCCGCACUUCCUUGCCCUGUGCGCUAUCCAGCUUAAAUCAAAGACGGACGAGACCAAGGCAGAGGAAGUUGAGACAGCCUUUAAUCUCUUCCAUCCCGGUCAAGUCGCUGGUGGAAAAGCGCAAGUGAUUCGACUGGAGGAUUUACGGGCAGUGGCCAAGACCUUGAACGAGGACGACGACGUUGAGGUGUUGAAAGCCAUGAUACUGGAAGCGAACGGAGGCAAGGGGGUCAACAGGGGUGUGAAUAUAGACGAGUUCCAAUCCAUCAUGACCCGAGCAGGUGUCUUUCACUAG